CCGGUCAUCAGAGUGGAUGUGACGGCUUUCUUUAGUUUCAUGUCAAGUUUGACGUCAACGUGUUUCUUCUAAACAUUUAUCAAACGUGGAUAAAACCCGCUGCGACGUGGAGAUGAAUUCAAAACUUCGGAGGCCCAAAGGAGCAGCACAGUGAUUUGCUCAUCCAGAUGUACCUGAGGAGCCAUGGAUGUCCUCUCUUUUGGGAACCUCCAGCCGUUUGGGAAGAAAAUAGAGGUUAAAAAUCUGCUAAACGAGGAAGCAGCAACCUGGAUCCUCCACAUGCAGAUCUCAAAACUGCCCCUGUGCCGCGGAGACAAUUUCUCAUCAGGCACCAGCAGCCGCAGCACCGAGCUCAUUCACGGAGGAGUCCGAUAUCUACAGAAAGCCAUCACGAAAUUGGAUUACAAACAGGAGCCUUAUUUUGCCAUCUGUAGGAACAUGCGAAGGUCCUGGAGGUGAGCAGCAGAAGAGACCAAUUAGUGUGAUUGCACGAAUCGCAACUGCCUAGUCAGCAUCUCGACAGUAAAAUGUAGGCUGUGCUGUACGUCUCGGAUGAAAAAGAAGGGCAAA